UCGCCUCCGCCAUCACAGCGCCGUCUACAGCAGAAGCAAUCGUUGUUACUGAGAGAAAGAAAUCGGCGAUCCAACUUUCUCACUGUUCUCAUCAGAUAUUUGAUCUGUUUGUAUAAAUGAGGGGAAGGAGUUACACCCCUUCGCCACCAAGGGGCUAUGGAAGAAGAGGGAGGAGUCCUAGCCCAAGGGGUCGCUAUGGUGGUCGCAGCAGAGAUCUUCCGACUAGUCUUUUAGUUCGCAACCUUCGACGUGAUUGUAGGCAAGAAGACCUCCGGAGACCAUUUGGGCAAUUUGGCGCUCUUAAGGACAUUUACCUUCCAAGAGAUUAUUAUACUGGGGAGCCAAGAGGCUUUGGUUUUGUCCAAUAUGUAGAUCCUGCUGAUGCUGCCGAAGCUAAAUAUCAUAUGGAUGGCCAAAUUCUUCAAGGGCGCCAGUUGACUGUUGUCUUUGCGGAAGAGAAUAGGAAGAAGCCAUCUGAUAUGAGGGCUAGGGAGCGUGGUGGGGGGAGGGAUCGACUUUAUGGCAGGUCUGUUUCACCUCAGGAGAAAAGGUAUAGCCGAGACAGGUCAUACUCGCGGCGCAGUCGAGAGAGGUCAUACUCAAGGUCUCCUGCUGUUUAUAAUGGAUCCAGGAGCCGCAGUCGAAGUCUGGUGAGGGAGCGUUCUCCACCCUAUAACGGUUCAAGGAGCCGCAGUCAAAGUCCGAUAAGGGAGCGUUCUCCUGUGAGGAGCAGGGGGGAACGGCAGAGGCUCUCUAGCAGGGUUUCUCUCUCUCUUUGAGGAGGGCACCCACUCAAUCUCUCUCUCUCUCUCUCUACUCAAGGCAAACCCAUUCUUCUUUUAUUUUUUUAAUCACACCCUUGAUGUCUUCACCUUUCUUUUCUUUAUCUUUUUCAGAUACGCACUUAUCAUGUUUUUUUUAGAUUCCACCACUACCCACACACUUCUCUUUCACUUUCUAAAACAUAAAAAAAAGAAAAAAAAAAAACAGAAA